AUGGCUGGCAGCUACCUGCCCCUCGCCUCCGCCCUCCUCGCCACCGCCAUCGUCGCCAUUCUCGCGGCCACAUCCGCCUUUCCUGUGGCCGCCGCCGCCUCCGCCGCCGAUAAGUACAGCGGCAGGAUGGUCAUCAUCCGCGCACCCGGGGCAAGGGUCCUCGACGUCUCUGCUGGCGGUGCGCUCAACAAGUGGCAGCAGCAGCAACGGCGCCUGGUGGAGGACGAGGUGGCGCCCGAGUUCGGCGGCCUGCUCGGGACGGGAAACGGCGGCAGCAUCUCCGACGGUGCCUUGAACAAGAACAGGCAAAAUUGCCUGCCGUCCGGCCAGUGCACCAAGCCAGGAGGGUCCUACACCCGGGGGUGCACGUUCAAGGACCACUGCCCCCACACCCCCACUGCCGCCGGGCACGCACGCGCCGUGCAUGGGUGA